AUGGAUAUUCAAGAAAUAAGUUCAACAAAUAUGGAUAAUAUUUGUAACCUAUGUAAUAUACGUCCUAGUGCUUACACUUGUCCAAGAUGUGACAUAAAAUAUUGCAGUGCUGAGUGUUAUAAAUCAGAAGCUCAUUUAGAAUGUUCGGAAAGUUUCUAUAAGCAAUGUGUAAUAGAUGAACUAAAGUCUCAAGAAAAAGACUCAGAAGAUAAAAAGAAAAUGACUGAAAUUCUUAAAAGAGUACAUGAGCAAGAUUUAAAAAUUAUAGAAUCAUUAAUAGACAAUGAGUUUGGUGAUGAAAGCUUGCAUUUAGAUUCAGAUGAUGAAGAAGAUGUAUUAGAUUUAGAAGAAAGACUUCAUGAUAUAAAUUUAGAUAAUGCAGAUGAAGUAUGGUCUGCAUUAACGGAUGCUGAAAAACAAGAAUUUGAAGCCAUAAUAAAAAAUGGUGAUAUAGAGAAAUUUCUACCUCAAUGGGUUCCAUGGUGGACUUAUUCUACUAAUAAAAAACUUGUUCAAGAGAUGCAACCAGAAGAUGAGCAAAUACAAGAACUUCCACCUUUGGUAGAUGUUCCAAUAUUUAAUGAAUUACAGAAUGCUUCUCCAAAUGUUCCAUUUAAUGUGAUAAAUGUAAUUUAUGCAUAUGCAUAUACAGCAAUUUAUUACAAUGGUGACUAUUUAAAUUGUCCACUAGAAGCUACAAUUGUUUUUCUUGAUCUUAGUGACAAUAUGAAACUCAAUAAAAUUUAUGAUAAUUCAGAAUCAGCAAUAUCUUCUGUUACUCAUAAAAUUAUCAAUUGUAAUUGGUUACCACAAGAUGAACAAACAUUAUUAGCAUUUAAAGAAGCUGGGAAUACUAUAAUGUUAGGAUCCGAAAUAAAAAAUAAGUAUAUUUACAUUGCUGUUGCACUUUCUGAACUUCAUAGAUUACUAGUAGCAGCUAUAGAAGAUAUGUUAGAAAAUAAAAACAAAAUUGGAGGUAAAGAAUUUUUCGAGAAGUUUAUACAAAGAUGUAAUCAAGAUUAUAUAAAUUUAUCAAAGAAAAAUCUUCUUUUAUAUCUUAAAAAGUUAGAAUACUACUUAUCAUGGACAAAAAGCUGUUAUAUAAAUAUGUGUAUGUAA